ACGACACCACCCUCUACUCACCGCCAUCAACUGAAACAAAAAUAUAAUCUAAAAGAUCCAAUCCUCCUUCUUCUUUUCUUCUCUUGUCAGAGAAAACAAUCAAAAGAUGGGUAACAGUUUAGGCGGCAAGAAAACGACCAAAGUCAUGAAAAUAGACGGCGAGACUUUUAAACUGAAAACUCCAGUGACCGCGGAAGAAGUUUUGAAAGACUUUCCCGGCCACGUUUUGUUAGAGUGCGAAUCCGUCAAGCACUACGGUGCUCGAGCCAAACCACUUGAGAUGAAGCAGAGGUUGGAGGCGAAGCGGCUGUACUUCGUGGUAGAGCCGGUGAAGGAGUGUCCAACGAGAAGGGUAAGAUCGGGAAUACACAUGAGUGCAAAGGAGAGGCUUGAGAACCUCAUGCUUGCGAGGAGAUCAUCUUCCGAUCUUUCCAUACUCAAACCGGCGGGAGAAUGGUCAAAGACGGAGGAAGAAGGAGAAGGAGGAGGAGCGGUGAGGGUGAAGCUGAGGAUUCCAAAGGCGGAGCUGGAAAGACUGGUUAAAGAGGGAGCCACCGAGGCGGAGGCCACUCAGAAGAUUGCCGCUCUCUAUAUGGCCAAACACAGCCAUAAUGAAGCGGCUCGGAACACGCUACAAGGUCGUGAGGAUGGAGGAGACGAGCCUACCGCCGCCAUCGCUACAGCCACAUCCCUCGCAACGAGGGGAGUCAAGUCACGUCUGAAGCGAGUGAGUUUCAUGGCGGAAAGAGGAGGAAGCGAGAUUACCGUUGCUUGAAGUUGAUGAACAAUUAAAUACAUAUAUGUAUAUGCAUAGACUGCUUCUCAAAGUUACUGCAUCUCAUUGUACAUAAAGAGCAGAGUUUUGAGAGAGCGAGCUAAUGAGUAAUUCAUACAUGUCUCCGCUAUGCAGCUAGAGUUUAUAGUAUUAUUUAUUACAAAAGAUAGAACAGUUUUUAGUAUUAUUUAUUACAAAAGAUAGAACGUUUUACUA